AUAGCUGGGAUUGGACUGUAAAUAGGUGCAAUCAUACUGGUCUGCUGGUCUUCUGGCCAGAAUUCCUGUAAGUGGUACAAAAAAAAUACGUUUGAAAAAAAUACGGAGGUCUAGACAUUUCCCGCAAAAAUGUUAAGAUUUAUUGUUUAUCUUCUGUUUCAAAUUAUCAAUGUCAUAUAAAAAGGAAAAUCUCACUAAUCUUCUUCUUAAGAAGACUACAAUCUUCUUAACGCUAUCAUACCUCAAAACAUAAACCUGGAAGCGAUCAAAUGUCGAAAGCGAUGCUCGCAAACAAAGAAGUAAUGAACUUGAUUUUAACAUCAAUCAUUGACAAGCACGACAAGGGUCUGUAUAUGCCACGCACUUGUGAGUGGAUCGAUGGUAAACGUGCUGAUAUGAUUUAUGGCCCAAUGACUCCCCUAUCAAAUUUGCUACCACCAGUUAUUGUAGAGGUCCAAAACGUUGUCGAUGAGUUGUAUAUGCACCGCCUUCAGAAAUACUGUAACCAUGUUUAUGAAACUUUUGAUAAUAUUAAACCAAUUGCACUGACCAUUUGCGUGAAAUCGAUAAG